ACUUCAACUCAAAUUCAGUUGUACGCAGCACAAGGCAGAGAAAACAAUCGAAUGCAGCGCGCGUCCUACCGCACGGCAUUCACAAACAAACCAAUACAAACGCACGCCUACACACAUUAGUCCAAAUCGCGUUUAUAUGAAGACGGACGUGGCGAGGUGUGAGUUUCAUGGCUGUUUGACUGCGCACGUGUACGAAUAUGUGCCGGUGUGUGACAGCUACUGUGACGGGCACGCUGGAAUACGAAAUUUGUGAAUUGCAAAUUAAAUAGCGCAAGCGAAAGCAAAGUACAUAAAUAAAUAAAUUAAUGAGUUAAACAAAUAAUUGAGUGAUGUGUAAAGGAGGCCAAAGUUAACUAAGUGAAGUGAAGUUAAUUGUGGGAAGACAGUUCAUAGUGGUGAAGUGGGCUAUUCAACGCCUAAUGACCGCACUUUAAGCGGCAGAGUAAUAUAGAAUAAAUAUUGUGCUCAAAAACCAAUAGCUAAGAAGCAAGAAUUAUAAAUAAAUAAGAGUGCUACGCCAACGCCAAAAAGAUUUCAAACUAAAACCAAUAUAUGUAUAUUAAUAUAACAAAAAUCUGCUUGCAAAAUGCUUGCGUGUAUGCGCAACCCGCACCGUUAUGACGUUCCGUUACGUUUCCAGCAAAAAAUGUCAUAACUGCGAUUUAGUGGUGCAACUCAACGCGGAAUGCCAUAACCGAAACAGAAGGUCGUGCUGAUUUUAGCCGCCGCAGAAGCACGCAUCUUAGCUACUCGCUGGAUUUACAUGCCCGUUGCAUGACUGCCUGCUGUGUCGCGUUCAAACGGUAUAUGGACUUAACACCACUUACGAAACUAUUUGCGAUAAAAAGUAGUAGAGCAAGUGUAAUGUAUCCCGCGCGGUCAUGUUGAGGCAGUCACAAUGCGACUACUUAAAUUUCGUGGCGCGUCGUAAAUUCAAUUUGACAGUUAUUUCAGUGCACGGCUCAAAGUGAAAUGCCCUGUGUCUGCGUGAUUAUAACGGUAAACACACACAUAGGCAUUUAAAGUGAUCGUUCGUAUUGGUGUUUGUAAGCUGCUACCUUUGUGAUGGACUGUGCGCGCAUGUAGCUGGAGAUUACUCAUACGCACCGUUGCUCCUGAGUGCCCACGCUCAAAUAAAUAAAUGCUUGGAGUUAAAAUUAGGCCAAUAAGAUCACGAAGUUUAAAUAAAUAUGCAUAAAAGUAAAAAUAAAUGAAAAAUUAGUUUGAGAAAUAUUUGAAAAGUGUGCUGGCUAGUGGCUGCAGAAAAAUUAUUAAAAAAUCUUAAAUAGUUUACUGUGCUUAUUAAACAAUAUUCAACAAAAAAUAAAUAUAUGGAGUUCAUAAAAAAGGUUUAAGAAUGUUAUAUACAAAUAAUCUCCACGUAAAAAAAUGCUCGCAACUUUGAAAAAAGAAAAAUUUACUUGUAAAACUUUAAAAGAGGUGUGCUUAUGAUUUGAAGAAUUUAAAUUAUAAAAUUUGAAAAAUUCCUUCUGAAUCUACAUAAAAAAAACCAAACAAAAAUAAAUAAAAUGUUCACUUAAAUAACAAAUUAAUUACAUUUAACGAAACAUAUCAAAAAUUAGUCUGAUUUUCUAUUUAUAAUUAUUAAAUAAAACUUAACGCCAAUAUACAACAAAAAACAUAAGUCAAAAGUCAAAGUUCUUGAAAUUAUACUAACUGUACUCAAAAUAAAUUUAUUGACUCUCUUUAAUUAACUCAAAAUAAAUCGAAAAUAAAAACAAAAUUUAACAGAUAAAUCUUUGAGUUUAAAUCCACGGCCAAGUUUGAGCACAAAUUCCCUAUAACUACACUAACACAUGCAAAGGCGUGCAAUCGAAAGCAAACGACUUAACUGUGGAAAUUGCAUUUGCCAUCAAUUCGCUUAAAGUUAUUACGCGUUUAAUCGAGUUUUGGCGUAUUUCAGUGUAAUAAUCGAUUCAAUCUGUGUCGAGCACAAUUUAUCGUCGUAUGCUCCACUUUCACACGACUGCGACCGAUGCGUGUGAAGCACAGCUAAAGCAAAAACAGUGAGUGAAAUAUAUAUUUACUGAUAGUCGAAAAGUAAUACUGGCAGUGUGUGUACGUGUGUGCAAAUACAUGUGUAUCUGUAUGUGUGUUUGACGCUAGCAGCUUAUGUGUUAAGCUCGUCACAUAAAAGGCUAUGAAAGCUUAAGUCUAACGCUAAGCCGCUAUCGUCUCACUUACACGAAAUUGGUUUAUUAAUAACACCACUACAAGCACACCAAGCGCGUUAGCUGAAAGCGACAAUAUCUGCAAGCAAUAUCAGUAAACUGAACUCUCGGGAUUAUAACGCUUUACUAAAGUAAAUAACAGCAACAACAAUCAGUGUGCUAUAAAGUUACGAAAAUAAAAAUAGAAAAACUAAUCAAGAAUAGUGCAGCAGUGAAUGGCGGAAACCAUGGCAGGAUUGUGGCUGAAUUUGACUUGCAAAAACUAAAUGGAAGUAAUUAACAUAUGACAACAUGUUCAGUCAAAUUGUGGUGAUUUUAGCGUUUUUUAUUUUAGGUUCUAACAUAAAAGUGGCGUCUGCUAUACUCAAUUGUAUUUUGGCGCGCCAGUUAUGUUUCGAAGACCCGUCUUGUUCGGCUAUCUUAGAAAUAAUACCCCGUGUAUGUGGGCCUAUACCAGUGUCAUGCAGUACAGUUACUGUGACGAAAUGUCAAGCCGCCUUAAGGACACUGCAAGCCUUUCAGUUCUUUCGUCCAACCUGCCUUUGCAAAGAACCCGGCAUGGAUCCGGAUUGUAAUCAUUUUCGUGAUUUUCUCUUCGAUCAUCCAUGUGGUUUCGUGCUCAAGAAAGCCGAAAAGGAUCCAUAUCCCAUAGAUGCAUUGCCCACGUGCAAUCACGCACUGUCUGUGUGUCAACAGGAGCGUAAAUGCCUCAAGCUUUUCGAGGACUUCAAGGCACAUUGUAAGGUGCGAGACAAUAAAUGCAAAAUGGAGAACAGAGAUGCUUGUCACGACUCGUGGACAAAUUUACGCCUCUCGCCCAUGUUCGGCUGUAUCUGUCCGAAUAAUCAUAUGAAAAAACGCUGUGAUCGUAUAUUUAAUAUAGUUAAUCACAAUCCGUGUGUGGAUAGAUUAAUAUUCUUCCCGGAUGGCGCCAUACCAAAAUUCAAACAAAAACAAAUACAAAAACAACACCACAAUGGCACAUCAUCAUCAACAGCGUCGUCGUCGUCGUCGUCGUCGAACUCAUUGAUAGCCGCCAAUGCCACCGGUCAACAACAGCUCUCGAACAAUAUUGCCACCGACGAGGAGGAGGAGGACGACUAUGACGAUCGUAUACGCGCCGAAAUCUAUUCAAAUUAUCCGCACUACCUGCACCCGCCCUCGUGGGGACUCAACAAUCCGUUGGUAUUGGCCUCGCACUCGCCACACACCUACGACGACGAAGAUGAAUCGCUGCUGGAGGUUGGUGAUGAUGUGGCGACGCGUGGCCGUCAAAAGACCGAACAAAAGCAACAGUGGCAGCGCCAGCAAAUGACGCCGAAAUCUGAGAAGGAUGGACGCGGCAGUGCGGGCGCCGGCGGUGGCGCUGAUGGUGAUGAUGUUGAGGUUUCGUUGGACACCAUGAACACUGGUCGGCACUAUGCCGGUGUUGGUGGUGGUGUUGGUUUUGGUUUCGGUUCGUCCGGCGCGCUUGAUGAGUCCAUAACGGAGCUUAGCGGCGGCGGCAGCAGCAGCGGCAGCGGCAGCAACAUAAUCACCAUUAGUAAUAGCAACCAUGGCAUGCACCAAAUGCACGAGUAUUUUGAUGGUUUCACUUAUACCACAUCACCCGCCACGGUUUCGGCACCAGAGUCGGCACUUCCGGCACCACCGACACAUCUGCACCAUAACAAAAAGCACCAAAAAACUGCAAUUUCAAGCACAAAUUCGCACAAAAGUAUACAACUUAGCGACGAAAUAACCACCAGCAGAGACAAAUUAUCCCACCGUUCACGCACCUACAAGGGUGAUAGCAUGGAUGAAAGAGUCAGAAUAAUGGGCAUGGACGAUAAAUUGCAUCUGAAAAUGUUCGAAGAUAAUUUGGCGCUCAUUGAUACGCCGCUCAUAGCAUCAGCGACGAGCACCCACUACCCGGGCACGGUGUCCACCUCACUGCACACGCUGCACGGCAUACUCUUGUACCCGUUCAAUGUGAGCGACUUCCAGCCGCGGCACACAGCGACCGCCGGCCACGAGUCCAGCGCAUUGGAUGUCAUCGACACCGGCAACUCGUACGGCUACGAAUCGGGCAAUGGACACAGCAGCGGCGGCGCACACGGUCACAGUCAUAGCGGUGGCGGCGUUUACUAUCAAAGUGGUCAGGAUGUCGAAGUGGACCUCUCAACGGAAAUAAUCAAGCAACACUUUCAGAGUACCUGCCACACAGCGUUGGACACUUGCCGGGAGGAUGUGUCAUGCUCGUCGUCCCUGCAGCCAAUGUUGAUGCAUUGUGAAAUGCACCGUUGCAAUCGCAAUGCAUGCAUGACAUCACUGCAAGCCUUCUACAAAGGUCCGCACGAGGAUUUGAAUUUGGACAUUGCCUUCUGCCUCUGCAAAAAAACAACGAAUCGUCACGACAUGUGCAUGAUUGCACAGGAAAAGCUCCAUCCAACGUGUGCACAAAGGCCGGCCGAUAACAGUAAUCAGCAGGGUUCAAAUGGCAUAUACUACCAUCCGCCGCCGUCCUGCCACUCAGUUGCGGAAAAUUGCAAAGAGGAUCGUGAGUGCAGGCUCAAGCUGGAAUACUACGAGCAGGCCUGUGCGGUGGACAGCGUAACGAAGAAGUGUGCGGGGCGUCCCAGUGGCUGUCGCACUGCCAUGAUUGGCAUACUCGGCACUAUGCUGCGCACCACUUGCGCCUGCCAAGGCACCGACCCACAGUAUCUCUACCAAUGCGUCGGCUGGCGGCGUCUGCUCUGGCUGAAUCCCUGUGUGGUUGAAGCUCAGAAGGAUUUUCACAUGAAGCGUCUCGCCGAGUUGGGUUAUCUAACGACUACAACUACCACAACUACAACAACCACGACAACAACAACACGCGCGCCACCUCCGCCACCACCGCCUCCGGUAUUGACUACAGUCACCACAACAACAACACAUCGCCAACCGCCCACUUCGCCGCGUCAAACGUCACGCAAGCAGACGACGCACAUCUUUCGUGGAUAUCCGCCAAAGGAGAAAUCGGAGCCCACAUCUAUGGAGGACAAUUAUAUCGAACAGCCCGAUUCGAUACCGUUGCACAGCGGAAAUGAUAAAAACGGAAACACCGGAAAUGGCGAUUAUCACAGCGGGAAGGGCAAGAGCAAUGGCAACGGCGCCGCCAGUAAUGCUGCAAAUGGCAAUGGCAGUGGCCGAGGCAACGGUAAUAGUAAUGGUGGCAAUAGCAGCGCCACUAGUGCCGCCGUCAAUGCGCCACGUCACGGUAAAAACGGCAAAAAUAACAAAAAUGGCAAAAACUCAAAACACAACAACAACAAUGGCAACGGCAAUGGUAUUGGUAAUGCCAACAAUGCGGCUGGCGCUGGUGUUGGUGUCGUGUACAUCAACGGCCACGAUAGUAGCGGUCAUGCUGCAGCUGCGGAAGCAACAGACGUGGACGCUGCCGUCGGCGCUGCACCGGGAAAUGGAAAUGAUUUUGGCGAUUUCGAUGAUCAAGUGAUUUCUGUGGAGCAAAUUCAAACAACGGAAUAUGCGGGCAACGGUGCAACAGAACCGCCGGCCACAACGACCACAACAGUGGCAACCACAACAACAACGCAAGCGCCAAGAAAUUGCGUGGUUCAACGUCCGCACCAGUCAGAUCAGUUAAUACGCGAAGGCUCCAGCAAGCGGAUCUACUCCUUGGACGAUGCCGAAUGCAGUGAAUUGUGCAGCUGCGGCGAAUCUCUAACGCUCACCUGUCAUGCUCUCUGCGUACCGUUUGCGCCCUGCCGCACCGCCUUGGCCUUCUACAGUCAUGCAUCGCCGGCAUAUCAGGCAUUCCGCGGCCGUUGCCUUUGUUACUCGGGCCGAUUUAUCUGCAUGAAGCCACCGCUGGGCGAAUACACGCUGCCAGGUGGUGUCUUCCUAUUACUUGGUUACAGCUCAGCCGAUGAGGCACUACUACGUCCACAUACAAAUCUCGGUGUGCAAGAUGCCGUGCGAGCAUUGCAACAAUAUGUUACGACGCACAUAGACAACCAGACUCAAUGUACGCUAACGCUCUUCAAUAUGACCGAUGAAAACAUCAUAAUUGCUGCUCGCCUGCCACACGACGCCAAACUCAAAGCCAUCGAACUGCUGGGCAAAGAGAAGGAUGAAUGCACUUCGAUACUGAAGACCAUCAGCCACCACAUCAACACCGAGCACCAUGAGCUGCAAUCCCACCGGCUACUGAGCAUUUUCAAAAUGUCCGAGGUCGAAGUGGUCUGGCCCGAAAGCAGUCAAGCCGCGGCGCAGCUGCACAGUGGACCCGCUGCAUGCAUCCUGCCACUCACGCUGUUGUUGUAUACCGUUACAACAACUUUCACUGGUGAUGCCGCCAACAUGUUGUUGCUGUUGUUGGCGAGAGGUGUGUGGCAUAGCCGGAGUAGUACAGCCGUAACAUGACCAAUGUCGCCAACGUAAUCGCAAGUAAGAAAUGCACAUUUCGAAAAGCAACAACAACAACAAAUUUAUAUAUGGUAGAGAUUAGUAAUUAAUUAAUAUUUGUACAUGCAUAAAUCGGUAAUAAGGGAAUUAAGAAAUACUCAAAGUAGUCAUAAAGUAGCAGUAAAUAACGGUAAUGACUUACUGUCUAUGUUAAGUAACGGGAAAGCAAGUGUUAUGAGUUUAUAAUUUAUAAUAAAUUUUUGUUUAAUUUCGAAAACGAAAAUGCGCAUUAACACAAACAUACAUAUACACACAUACAUAUAUAUAGUAAAUAGUUAUUUAUAUGGCAUGUACAUACUUACACAUAUGGAAAAUAUGCAUUAAUUGAGCAUGUAUUUGUAUGUGUCGUUAAGUUAAAAGACAUUUAAGCAUAGGCCUCCGUUAAGUUGAGCGUUAAGUAAGCAAGUGUGUGUGUGUGACUGUUAAUCAAAUAAAUUGAAAAGUUCGAAAAAUAUGUAUAUAUACAUAAUAUAUAUUUAUAAUGUGUGGAGUGCCGUACCUAUAAAUAUAUAUGUAUAUAAACAUUUAUAUAUCAUAUUGGAAUAUGUGUUAAACUGUUAGCUUCCCUGCUUAGUUAAGUUGUGUAGUUUGGGCAAGUUAGUUUAUUCGAAGCACAUGUUUAGACCGUUAUACAUACACGUAGUUAUAUUAGAUAGAUGAGAUGAGCAUAGAAGUAUAUUUAAACGUGUGUAGGUAUGAAAUCUCAAGCAAGAAAGGUUUUAGUUCAGUAUUUAUACCAAAACCUGUCUGGGUUUCUAUAAUUACGUUUAAACUGCUAUUUUCAGACUACUCUCACUCAAGGAAUACUUUUAUUUUUUUUAUUUAUUUGUGUACAAACAUCUAUACAUAAAUACAUACUAGGGUGGGUCUAAAAAUGUAAUUUUUCACUUUAUACUCUGACAAAUUAUCGAAAAGCCUUCCCAACAAGUAUGACGCCGCCGAUUUUCAGUGCCCUGUUUUGACUUUAUUAUUGGAAUUCGAAAUUUAUUUUAAAUAAAAUACGCAGAAACUUCAAAUUUAAUGGAAAAUGUUUAUUACCUCAGAUGGUCCAUCCGUUGAGUCCCAUUUUCGAUGACUCCAUCGAACAUUUCAACUGGUAACUGGCGAAUUUUACAUAUAUCCACAUGAAAAAGUCUAACGGUGUGAUGUCACACGAUUUUGGUGUCCCAGAACGUGAAAUUAUCUGCUCAUCGAAAUGUUCUCUCAAUAAAUCCAUCAAUUAAUGCGAUAUAUGGGGUGUAGCGCCAUCUUGUUGAAACCAAAUAUCGCCGAGAUCACGAGCUUCAAUUUCAGGCAUCAAAGAGACG